CUUCUCCAAUUGGUUGAGACUCAGCGCCGCUCCGACGCGCGCCGCUCCAGCCGACUCACUGGAAGCGUAAGCGCACCGACCACGCUGCUCUCUCAGCCCGGAUAGUUGGUUCUCCCUGCUGCUCAUAGACUUAAAGGACAUUAGACUCAUAUUCACCAGGGUAGACUAUAGAAACUAUAGUUCACAGUUGAGUUGAGGGAUGGCGAAGAGCAAGGGAGAAAUCAACGGCCACGCGAUGCCCCACUCGGAGUCCACCGACCAGAUCCUGGACCGGCAUCGGACCAGCGAGCAGAAGAGCUUCGGACAGAAGUUGAGGGGUUUCCUCCGGAGGAACCUCAUGGUGAUCCUCACCGUGUCCGGCGUGCUGGUGGGCGUCGGGCUGGGCAUGAUGGUGAGGAAGAUGAACCUGACCCGGGCGCAGAUGACUUACUUCGCCUUCCCUGGGGAGAUGCUGCUGAGGAUGCUGAAGAUGAUCAUCCUGCCGCUGGUCGUGUGCAGCCUCGUCUCGGGCGCCGCCAGCCUGGACACGCGCUCCCUGGGCAAGCUCGGCGGCAUCGCCGUGGGCUACUUUCUGGGGACCACCCUCAUCGCCUCCUGCAUCGGCGUGAGCCUCGCCUUUAUCAUCAAGCCCGGCGUGGGCGCGGGGGCUUUGAACACCAACAGCCUCGCGCUGGAGAGCAUCAGCAACGACAAGGAGACAGCCGACUCUUUUUUAGACCUCGCGAGGAAUUUAUUUCCAGCGAACUUAGUGGCAGCUGCUUUCCGUUCUUACGCCACCGACUACAAGAUGGUGGCCACUGGAAAUGACACCAAUGGAACGGCCCUCUACCAGAAGGUCCCCAUCGGUACAGACACGGACGGUAUGAACAUCCUGGGUCUGGUGUUGUUCGCCAUGGUGUUCGGCGUCGCGCUCAGGAAGCUUGGGCCGGAGGGGGAGGAGCUCAUCCGCUUCUUCAGCGCCUUCAACGAGGCCACCAUGGUGCUGGUGUCCUGGAUCAUGUGGUAUGUGCCGUUGGGCAUUAUGUUCCUGGUGGGCAGCAAGAUCGUGGAGAUGGAGGAUGUGGUCCUGCUGGUCACCAGCCUGGGGAAGUACAUCUUCGCAUCCAUCCUGGGACACAUCAUCCACGGCGGCGUCGUCCUGCCCCUCAUCUACUUUGCCUUCACCCGCAAGAACCCCUUCACCUUCCUGUCCGGCCUCAUCACCCCCUUCACCACCGCCUUCGCCACCUGCUCCAGCUCUGCGACCCUGCCCUCCAUGAUCAAGUGUGUGGAGGAAAACAACGGCGUGGACAAACGCAUCAGCCGUUUCAUCCUGCCCAUCGGCGCCACUGUCAACAUGGACGGUGCCGCCAUCUUCCAGUGUGUGGCGGCCGUCUUCAUCGCCCAGCUCAACAACCACGAGCUGAAUGCCGGACAGAUCUUCACCAUCCUAGUGACAGCCACAGCAUCCAGUGUUGGUGCAGCCGGCAUCCCAGCCGGUGGCAUCAUCACCAUAGCGAUCAUCCUGGAAGCCAUUGGCCUUCCAACCAAUGACCUGUCCCUCAUGCUGGCCGUUGACUGGAUUGUGGACCGCACCACCACGGUGGUGAACGUGGAGGGGGACGCUCUGGGGGCGGGGAUCCUCCACCACAUCAACCAGCAGGAGAUGAAGAAGAAGCAGCAGGAGGCGGAGCUGGGGGAGGACAAGGAGGAGGAGGCCGAGGAGCUGCUGGAGGUCAGGGUGGAGGCGGUGGCCAACCGGGCAGACGGGGAGAGCUCUCCGCUGGUCAGGCACCAGGCAGUCCGGACCCCCGAGGGCACGCCGGAGGCCAUCGAGUCUAUGCUGUGAACCCUGGGAGGGGCCUACCGCGGCUCCCCCGUCCGCUCUGGGGCCGAUCUCCUCUGAUUGGCUGUUCGUCUGGAGGUUUGGAUUUGUGCCACUUGUGACAUUUUUCGUCUUUGUUGUUGCUGCUGCUGCUCUGAGUUGACCUAAAGUGCGGUCACACAGGUGCGCAUAUAACACACGCACACAAAAACACACAGGCGCGGGUGCACACAAGCACACACACAGACGCAUACACACACACACACACACACACACAAACACAGGCACUCACACACGCACACUCUUUGCUCUCCUUCCGUCUCUAUUUGUCCCUCUCUCUCUCUUUGCUCCUCUCACACUUUCCCAUUAAAGAAGUUGGUCCCUGUUUCCUUUACAUGUAGGAAUAUACAAAGUGCCAUACUUGAUUUAAAGUGUGCAGUAGUGAACCAUUUAUGAGGGCUGAGGUUUUCAAAAGGGAACGCUUUACCCCAAGCUUUUUAGUUGUGUGUGUAUGUGUGUAUGUGUGUGUGUGUGUGUGUGUGUGUGUGUGUCUGUCUGUGCGUGUGUUUGUGUGUGUGUCUGUGUCUGUGUUUGUGUGUAUGUCUGUGUUUGUGUACGUGCGCAUUUCAUCGUAUGCUAAUACUAAUUCUCUAGGUCAAACUUUAGUUGUGUUUGCUGUCAGUUGAUCAAAAAUGUGAAACAUUAACUAGCAACCAAACACAUUGUCUCAGUCAGACGAUGACUGAGAUUAAAAUGUUUAACCCUAAUUAAUAUACUUCUGAGAAUAGAUACAUAUAUUACCAUAUAUUUGAUAGUUUGGCAUGGAGAUUAAUGUACAAUAUGAAGUCAAUCAAUGCCAAAUCCUACUGGUUAAGCCUAACCAGGCUAUUACAUUUUGUCUUAGGCAUUCCAAAAUGGCAAAAUGAAAAUACAUUUACAUUAAUUUUCUUAAACACAAUCACAGUCACUGACACUGAUUUAACGUUUCAAAUCCUCAAGAAGCUGAUGUUGGGCCAAUUGUUUACAUAAUACGGUAAUAAUAAUAAUAAUAUAAUAGGCCUAAUCAUAAUCAUAAUAAUAAUAAUAAUAAUAAUAAUAAUAAUAAUAGAGAGAUUAAUGAAAAACGUUACAAUUUAUCCAACACCGAAUUUGAGUAUAAUAAAGUAUAGCCUACUUUAUACUUAAGCUACUAAGGUUGGACUACUUUUUUUUUUGUACAAUCCUUUUCAUUUGGUUGAGCGACUCAGAAAGAGUACAGUCUAUACUGCCACCUAGUGUUAUUAAACAUUACUGUUAAAGUAUUUAACAAUUGGACAUUCGAGGUAAAAAGAUGUAACGUCUUUUGGUGCUACGUUGCCAUGUUGUUUACGUUUUCAAAAAGCCUUUUACCCUAAUUGUUUGACAUUGGUCGUAAGUAAUAAUCUGCAAAGACAAUGGGCCUUUAGCAUUUACAAAUCAAAUGGAUCUAUAUUAAAAAAAUGAAGUGUGCGGCUUACGAGUGCGAGGCACAUUGAAGACUGUUGAAUAGGUCUCUCUAGUAUUCAUUUAUUCUAAUUUUGUUAACAUUUUGUAUUAUUAUUACUCAAUUUCCGCUUUUCUAUCAAGGCAGGUGCCAAAUCAUCUGCUAUUGAUGAUGAUGUUCUCGGUUGAGAUGAAUGAGUUGUAGAAAGGUGGUCUUUUUUAAUUCUGCCUGUGCUGUGUGUAUGUGUAACAAACUGUACAGUUGUCUUGUUGUCUUUCAGUAUUAAAAGCGUUCCAUAAUGUGUC